AGGCGGCGGAAGUGGUAGCGUUACUGCAUGUCCGUGCGCAUGCGUUGUUCUAGUUCCUUGCUGCCGCUGUGUAGGCACUCUCUUUUUCCCUCUCUCCUUUUCUCCACGCGAGGGGGAGCGCGUACCCCUGGGCGUGGUCGCGCUCCCAGCCCCUCUGCUACUCUCGUGGCCACCUCACCAUGGCGGGCAUCCUGUUUGAGGAUAUUUUUGAUGUGAAAGACAUUGACCCGGAGGGCAAGAAGUUUGACCGAGUGUCUCGACUACAUUGUGAGAGUGAGUCUUUCAAGAUGGACCUGAUCUUAGAUGUAAACAUUCAGAUUUACCCUGUGGACCUGGGUGACAAGUUCCGGUUGGUCAUAGCCAGUACCUUAUAUGAAGAUGGUACCCUGGAUGACGGCGAAUACAACCCCACAGAUGAUAGACCUUCCAGGGCUGACCAGUUUGAGUAUGUAAUGUAUGGGAAAGUAUACAGGAUUGAGGGCGACGAAACUUCUACUGAAGCAGCAACGCGUCUCUCUGCCUACGUGUCCUAUGGUGGCCUGCUCAUGAGGCUGCAGGGUGAUGCCAACAACCUGCAUGGAUUUGAAGUGGAUUCCAGAGUUUAUCUGCUGAUGAAGAAACUGGCCUUCUAAAGCACCCAGGAAGCCAACCUUGCUGCUUAGUCACUCAGGACUUGGACGUCCAUUCGAGCCUGAGACCACCUGUUCAGGAAGGGCUGGCUGGCUGGCCACUGGGGGUGCUUCUUUAGGUGGUCUGGGCUCAAUGGGAAACUUGCCUGUGAAAGACCCAGUGGGAGGGCUUAAAAGGAAUCAGAAGUUGUUUGUGUAUAUGAUUUUUUAAUUAAACUUUACUUUUUCAGACUGUUUUCCCCACCUUAAAAAAAAAAAUCUUUUCCAUUACUCUAAAAUCAUUUUUUUCCAA